AUGUUCGGCGGUCAAUCGCACUCAAUGCCAACUCGCAGACAAGCAAAAAAAAGACCUCCCAUAGUGCAUCUACCGUAUCUAAAGACACAUAAAUGCAAUUGGUUAAGAUGCAAGUAUUACUUUCUGACUCCACAAGAGUUGUUUGGUCAUAUACAAAAGAGACAUUUGGAGAAACUGUUGACUGUUAGUAUAUUUACUUGUAAAUGGAAUAACUGUGAUGAGUUUAAACUAUCACAAAAUGAACUAUUAGGGCAUAUUAGAGAGACUCAUCUGAAAUACAGAGGAGUCAGAGGUGAAGGGAGGGGGGAAGAAGAAUCGGGGACGAAGAAAAAAUUAAGAAAUCUCCAAGUGGAGAACGCUAACCUCAGAACUCGCCUGAAAUCAAAUGAGAAGAAGAUAUUUUUACUGAGAAAUCAGUACGAGUCAAACAAAUCAAAUCUCGAUGAUAUUCUCAAUGAACUUGCUCGCUGCCGUGAGUCCAUUGACAUUAUCCAGAAGCAGAAUCGUGCAUAUGACGAUUUAGCGCGCAGAGAGUGGGCUGAAGAACAAUGUCGUAAUAUAGAGGAGGUUUAUAUGGAUGAGGAGACCAUGGACAAUGUUUUUGAGGAUGAAGCCAGAAUAAAAAGAAACUGGGAAAUGGAUGUAGAAAUGUCUCCUCCGUCGUCGGAUGUAGAUCUGAAUUGUAAAGGAACUUUUCGAUGUUCUUGGAAGAAUUGUGGGCAGUUAUUUAUGGAUAGGGCAUCAUUGAAGGCGCAUGUACGAUGGAUACACAUAAGCAAUUCACAAUUACAGUCUCCCGCUAAUCAAUAG